AUGGCUCGCCGAAACAUCAUCGCCGUGGCCCUCGUUGCCGCGGUGGCCGUCUUGGCCCUGCGCUGGAGCUCCGCCGCCUUCCUCCCCUCCAAGCCAAUGCUUCGGGCAGGAACUAUGGCCAGUGCUGGCGCUUUGGCUGCCAGCGGCGCGAUGCCAGCCAUGGCUGAGGAGGGCGGGCUGCUGAAUUUCGGCAAGGUGGAGCUGGGCGGCGGUUUUGCCCUCAACCUGGACAUCCCAGAGACCAAUCUGAUCAACAUCUCCAUUCUGAUCGCCGGGCUCUUGUACUUCCUGUCACCGGUGCUGGGCGAGUCUAUGGCCUCUCGCGAGAAGGAGAUUGGGUCUGACAUCGAGGACGCCAUUGCCAAGUACAACGAGGCGACCUCCCGCCUGGCAGAGGCGGAGAAGAACAAGGCCCAGGCGGACCAGGUGGUGAAGGAGAUUAACGACAGCAUCAGCAAGGACAUCAAGGAGUUCCAGACCAACUUGCAGGUGCAGGCAAAGAAGACCCAGGAAACGCAGGAGAAGGCCCAGGAGAAGAGCCUCGAGGAGUUGCAGGCGCGCACCAAGGAGAGGCUCGAGGCCUACAUCGACAGCCAGGCCGUGGAGCGGGGCUUGAAGGAGCUCAAGGGCCUGAAACCGGGCCAGAAGCAGAAGUUCAUGGAGCGCCUGGACUGGCAGCAGCCUUGCGGGCCGCGUAAAAAGAGAUCCGCUUUGCGCGCGCGCGCGCGAGGGGAAGUUGAGGGAGGUGAGCCUCUGGCCCUGAAGCGGGUCACCGCCAGCUGCCCCAAGCACUUCGAGGCUCUGGCGAACGAGGUGACCUUGCUGCGACAGCUGAAGGACAGCCCCAACAUCAUCCAGGUGCUGGACGCGGAGGUGGUGCCAGAACGCCUGCUGAUUCACAUCGUGAUGGAGGAAGGAGAGAUGGAUCUUGGCAGGCUCCUCCUGAGCGAAGCCGACAUGUCGCUGGGGGAUGUGCAGGCGCUGUGGCGGCAAAUGCUGGAGGCGGUGCAGGUGGUCCACCAAGAGCGCGUGGUGCACUCGGAUCUGAAGCCCGGGAACUUCCUCUUGGUGGACCAGCGGCUGAAGCUCAUCGACUUCGGCAUCGCCAAGAGGAUCGCCAGUAACACCACCAACAUCAGCCGUGAGAGUUCAGUGGGCACCAUCAGCUACAUGGCCCCAGAGGCUGUGAAGCAGGGCGCGGUGAAGAUCGGCCGGCCUUCGGAUGUUUGGUCCUUGGGCAUCAUCCUGUACCAGAUGGUCUACAUGCGGGCGCCCUUCGCCCACUUAGAUCCCAUGCAGAGGCUUUUCGCCUUGACCGAUCCCAACGUGUCGGUGGAGUUUCCGGAGAAGCACCGAUUCGAGAACCACUCCCCGGCCGCGAAGGAUAGCUUGCUGGACGUGCUGCAGAGGUGCUUGCAGCGGGAGCCGAGCAAGCGCCCCACCAUCCCGGAGCUGCUGGAGCACCCCUUUGCACAAGACACCGUGAGGCUUACUCGGGCUUCCUUCGACCAUGCGCUGGAGGCCCUCAUCUCCGGCUUCGUCGGCGCAGCGGAGGAUGCCCUGGCCUCGGAGCCCCAAGGCGAAGGACCCAGCGCUUUCUCCUGGCAGGUCCUGGCAGACGAGGUGUGGUCGCGCCUGGGCGACGGCUGCACGAAACAGGGCAGAAGCGCCGGCAGCUUCACGGGCCUCGGGCCCUUCCGGGAGUGGCUGGCGCGGGGCGUCAAGCGCCAGCGCGUCGCGGCGCCGGCUGCGCCUGCGGAAAAGACGGCGGUGCCGACAGCGCCGGUGUCAGCCAAAAGUGCUGGGGGUGCUCCGCCGGCCACACGGCCAAAUGUCGCGGCGAAGCAGAAGGCGGUGGCGAGGGUGCCGCUGCACCAGAUUAACAACGGCAAUGCCAAGUCUGAUCGCCCGGCCAUCCACGCGGAGCUGCUGCAGAAGCAGCGCACCUGCCUGAAGAAGGCACCCGGACAAGGGCGGCCAGCCCCAAAUCCCGGCCAUGCCGGCAAGGAGAAUCUCGGCCCAAGUCGCACAGCAGGUUUCGGUGCCGAUAACCUCGUGCUCAAGCGGUUGAAGGACCGGCGGGCGAUGCUGGCGGACGACAAGGCGGAGGAGGAGAGCGAUUCCUGUUGGCGCUGA